AUGGCGGCCUCGCGAGACGCGAUCGGGCCCGCGCUGCCCCCGGGCUUCAGCCGCGCCUCCUCUCCCGACGACGAGGCGGGGCCUGCACUGCCUCCUGACUACAAAAGCAACCUGAAACGACGAGGUGGUGAUGAAGACCGUGCCUCUCCUCGUGUGCCUACGGAAACAGAUUCAGAUUCUGAAGAUGAGAGAGGUGCAAGCCAAAUGCCCAGAAAUCAGAGAAGACUUCAAGAUGAUGAUGAUGGAUUCUUUGGCCCUGCCCUCCCGCCUGGCUUUAAAAAACAGGAUGAUUCUCCAGAGAGGCCGGUUAUAGGCCCUGCUUUACCACCAGGCUUCAAGAAACCAUCAGAAGAGGGUGAAGAAAACAGAUGCUCCCCGGGGUCUUUUGUGCCAUCUCCGUUCACAUCCCAGGACAGCAAUAGUAGCGAAGAUGAAGAAGCCAUAAUUGGCCCACUGCCUGCCAAGGGACCAACCGAAUCUAGUGUAGCUGCAGACUUUGAGUGCCGAGCUCGGAGAAUGAAAGAGAAACUUCUUGGUCACGACGAUAAUGAAUCCAAACAAGUCAAAAGGGAGUCUUGGAUGACAGAACUUCCCCCAGAACUGAAAGGCUUUGGGCUUGGUUCCCGGACGUUCAAAAGAAGAGCCGAUGACAAAUCAGGAGAUAGAUCUAUUUGGACUGACACCCCUGCUGACAGAGAAAGGAAAGCCAAAGAAAUGCAAGAUGGGAAGAAAUCGGCGAGUAAGGGAGAUGGAGCAAUUGUGGUGUCAGAACGAGACAAGAAACUGGUUGAACAGGUGUCUUCACACAACGACUCUCAGAGGUCUGAAUCUCUUAUGGAGAUACACCACCGAAAAAUGAAGAGGAAAGCAGCUGAAGAGAAGAAUAAGCCCCAAGAGAGAAGGCCGUUUGAUCGUGACGAGGAUCUCCAAGUCCAUCGGUUUGAUGAAGCGCAAAAGAGAGCCCUCAUUAAACAAUCCAGAGACUUGAACACCAGAUUUUCCCACAGCAAAUGCAACAUGUUUCUGUAAUGUGAGUGAAGAUGCUUAAGUAUAUUGUGUACUUUUCAAUAUUAUGUAGUGUUAUCUAA